GAAAGUCUUCCUAAAAAAAGAUGUUAAUAUAAACGCAAUGUAGGGAAGCUAUAAAAUAUGUAGUUAAAUCCAAAAUAAAUAUCGAUAAAUUUCGGGUAAAAGUUGAGUGUUGUGUGUGCAGCCCCAGGUGGCGUGCCGGCCGGCGCGUUCGGGCUUGAGCGGUCCAUCCCGUCAGUCAGUCGAGUGAUCGCACGCGGUGCAUGAUGUUGUGUGGACGGCGCGCUCGUGUAUCAUGGCGCUCGCGUAGUGACGCCGCGGGCGGCAUGUGAUGUUCCGGCGUCGCGCGCUGCGUCGGCGGCUGGCGUCGCUAGGAGUAGCGGCGGUGCCUGACGACGUGCUGCGAAGGCUGGCGCGGGCGCUGGACGCGGGGCCCGGCGGUGCCCUGUGCGUACCGCCCGCGCCGCCUGAUGACCGUAGGCUGCGCCUCGCGCUCGCCAGGGCCUUCUGCUUCCCAGACCUGCGCGACCUGUCCGAGCUGCGUCGGAUGCCUCACUGCACCGACAAUUCCUGCUGCAACCCUUACCACUGGAGUCGUCUCUGCAAACCCGAAACCCCCCCGCCGCCAUACACUCGUUUUGCCAUGGAUGACUAUAAACCUAAAGAUCACGGAGAGAGCACGGAAGACGCGCGGAGGACAGACCACGAGCGGUUUGACUCUGGCUCCAUGGCUACUGACGGAGAAGAGCGUCAGAGUUGGGAGACAGAGUGGUGUCGGCUCGCAUACUGGGAGCUGACGCAGCGCGUGGGCCGUCAGUUCGGCGUGAGGAUGCGCGCCGUGGACGUGUUCGGCGGAGGAGGCGGCGCGUGCGGCUCCGGCCGGCACGGCCUGUGUCUGGACGCGCUCGACCGCCUCGACCACCGCCCCGACCUGGCGCAGCCCGACCAGGUCCGCAAGACUCGUGCCAAGAUAGGGCUGGGCGUGACGCUGUCGCUGGAGGGCGACGGCGUGUGGGUGUACAACCGCGGCGCCGAGCCGGUGUUCGUGUCGUCGCCGGCGCUGGACGCGGCGGCGGCGCGGGCGCUGCUGGUGUGGCGCGUGGCGGCCGGCCACUGUCUGCGCGUGUUCCCGCCGCCCCCCUUCGCCGCGCCGCGCCCCGCCCCGCCGCGCCCCGCCCUGCCGCGCGACCCCCGCUCGGUGCGCAUCUCGUUCGCGAAGGGCUGGGGGCCAAAGUACUCGCGACGUGACGUCACAGCGUGCCCGUGUUGGCUUGAGGUGCUGCUGGCGCCGCCCAGCUGACCCAGCCCCGCCGCCCGGUGCGCCGCCCGGGACUGCAGAGAGCCGCGCGUCGUGCGAGAUGUUCUCGACUAACAGUGAUAAACUAAAAGUGAAUGAUACUUUAUGCGCACAAGAAUUGGAACGUUGAAAUCCAAAGCGGGUUCCGUGGACCUAAAGGAGUACCUACGUUAUAUUUAUUGAAAUUAUUUGAAAUGAAUUCGUACUAUACAUUAGCCAUAGUUUAUGCAAGUUACAGCAAUUAUGAAUUAGUAUUGCAUGCACAAUAUUUACAACAAUGAAAAUAAAUAAGUUAAAAUUAUUAAAUUAAUAAUGUUCUAAAAACGGGUGUCUUAAAUUAAAUGUAAAACAGUUAUUCGAUGAAUCUAAUAGCGAUUUGUCGAAACAAGCACAACGAGCACGCCAGCACCGCACCAGCCGCGGACGCUGAGCCGCGUCAGCGGGGCCGGCGCACGCUCCGCCCCGCCCGAGUCGACCUCACGUCUCUGUGUGUUCAUAAAUGACCACGACAUCGGUCAACCUUAAUGUUUUUACAUAUUGUACAAAAGCUGAAUUCUCAGAUAAACAAAUAAUAUUGGAGCUAUAAUAACGUGUAACCGUCCAUUUUAUAUUUAAUCGUAACAUUAAAUGAUACCGUGAGAGCGCUGAGAGUUUAGCUGCAGCACUGAGUCGAGUCGAGCGGCCCCGGACGCGUCUGUACUCUGCUGUACUUGUAAUCUAAUCUAAAUACAAUUAUACAACACGCCUUACUUUAGCCUGUAAUUGUUUAAGUUAAGUACAUACAUAGUGCAUAGUCUAUACAAAUUAAUUUCAAUUUUAUACAAAACUUAUUGAUACACUAUAAUAUGUCUAUUUUCGUAUUCGCGAGCGAGGUGUUGAACUCGUGUAGAGGCUGUGUGAAGCAUUUGUGGCCGAGUCCGCGCGGGCCGAGUGUUGCAUUGAGUACUUACAGAGAGCAUGUCGCGGUGUGCGUUUGGUAGGGUAAUACUGUCAAUUCUCACUGACCUAUACGAAUAAUUGUAUAUAUAAACCGUAUAUAUGUAUAAAUGUGUAUAAUAUGCAAGUGUACAUUUGUAUUGAAGCUCGAAUGUAAGGGUGUUUAGUUCGGACAAAGUGAGUCGACAAUAAGAUGUUAUUCUAGUCUUUAUAAAAAUCUUACUUUGUCAUUAUCCACUAGUUUAUUGCGAUUAAAGUUAAGUAAUCGGGCCAGUUUUGAAAACGAGACUUGUUCGAACAAUAUUAGUGCUCUUCUAGGUGAAGCUACGUUAAUUCAACUGAAUGUCUGCAGAUAAAGUGCCCAUAUCAAUGAUAUUCCAAAUCGAAAUAAAUAAAAUAAGUGUAUUAUAAUGAAACCCAGUGCGGCCGGUCCCCCGGUGCAGCGAUGGACGCUGAGACGUGUCCAUUGCUGCGUGAACGGGCUUUAAACAAACACUACCUAACCCUCCCGGAGGCCAAACGAUAAUGAAACAUAAUCUUUUAACAUUAUUUAUUGGAAACAAUAUUCUUUGGCUCUUUAGUAACAUCUUGUGCCCUCAGUAAAGCGAGCACAAGCUGCCCACAGGUGUGUGUGUGUGUGUGUGUGUUUUAUUCAAAAUUAUUUCAAAUCUUUAUUUUUAUUUUGAAAGAACGAAUUUAGCACCUUGUACAUUGAUUUUUUAAGUAUAGUAAAUGUACAAAGACCCGAAAAGAAAAUUGUUGACGACUGAGAUUUGUAAGUUAUCACAUUGCGAACCUGCCAUGGUCAAGUUACCGAUUUGUUGUUUGAACUCAUGAGGAAACUGCAUACCUAAGUUUUAUUUAUGGACAAUAUUCAUAUCGUUUUGGCUUCGGGAAGGGCUCCCGGUCCUUUGUAUCUAAAUAAUACGAAGGAGAACUUCAUAACAUAUGUAGCAGGUUGUUCUUGAGAGUCACCAGUUUAUUUGUUAAGUUUAGGGUCUGACUGAUGACGGAUGAAUUUAGAAAUAUGAUAAAUUAUGAAUAAAGAAAA